UAAUUUUUAAUCUGUGUUUAUAACAAUCACAACAAAAUCAUAGUAAACCUAACUGCGGCCAUAAACCUCUCUGGCUUUUGCUCUAAUAAUCCCUUCAGCCCUAGCAAUUUGCAUAUCUUAGAAGUUGUCAGCACCCACCAAAGAGAAAGGGUGACGUCUGAAUCUUGAACACCCACCAAAUAUGGAAGGAGGUGAAAGAGGGAGCUCAGCCAUCCCUGAAUCUGUGAUGAAUUCAGUGAAGACAACGCUAGUAAACGUUGAAAACCUAAGGACCCAUUUGCUCGAAUUCUUGUCCCUCUCUGACCCCGAUGUCCUUGCUCAAAUGCCCCCUCUUCAACGCGCUCAGGCUUUCUUCACCCUUGCCAAAGCCACCACUACUCUUUUCGCUUUGAAGUUGAGAUGCAGUGGAGUGCACCCAGAUGAACAUCCUAUUAAAUCAGAGCUUGAGAGAUUAAGCUUGUAUCAAGAGAAGCUAGAGCGGUUCAUAGACUUAAGUAAAGCACCGUUGCGACCUUCAACUACCUUGAACUCUCAGGCCACAACCCGUUUCAUUGAGCAUUCGUUACCAGACCUGACCCCUGAGCAGAGGCAAAGUAUGAGGCAAAUCAGUAAAGGGGAGGGGCGAACGAUAAAAUAUUCUGGUAGUAAUGUUAAAAAGAAGAGAAAAUAUCAAUCCUCUGAAAAACAAUCUGUUGAAGAUGCUGCUAAAGAAUUCCUUGAGAAGGCAGCUCGUGAGCUUUUUGGUGAUAAAAAGGAUGGUUUUAAGGGGCCUCUACAGGUUGAUGAUACUUCAGAUGAUGACUUGCCUCUGUCCUGAUACUCCAGGUUCGGUUCAGUUGCACGGGCCAGGUUAUAGGCAGCAAGUGAACAUUUAGAUCUUUCUUUCAAUCAUUGUACUGUCUGAAUAUGUUUAUUUUUAAUGGAGAAAAUCUUAUAAAUUCUUCUGAA